AUGACGGCAGAGGGUACUGGGGAAGCAAACUUGAAUUUGUUCUGGCCACUAUCGGUCAAGCCGUUGGUCUUGGAAACAUAUGGCGAUUUUCUGCAGUGGCUUACAAUAAUGGUGGAAUUUACUUCUACUGCCCCUUAUAUUCUCAUUCUUAUUCUGUUCUCCCGUGCCAUAACUCUUGAAGGUUCCACUGACGGAUUGUACUACUAUUGGGGCAAACCGGACUUUUCGAAGCUUCUGAGGCACCAGGAUGCAUGGAUUGUUGUAACCGGUGACUUCCUCAUGAGUGUAUUCGGAGGUGCAACCGUAUUUGCUACGCUUGGUUACCUUUCUUACCAGCUUAAAAAGCCUAUUGAGGAAGUGGUUUCUAGCGGACAUUCGUUGGCUUUCGUAGCUUAUCCGGAGGCGAUAUCAAAGAUGCCGUAUCCAAUGGUUUGGUCCGUAUUUUUCUUCAGCAUGCUUUUCCUGCUAGGUAUUAGUUCAGAAAUCGCACUCACUGAAACUUUAUGCACAAGCAUAUACGAUCAGUGGACAUCUACUCGGAAAUGUAAAUGGCUCAUAUCACUGUCCUGCUGUGGAUCGUUGUUCUUAUGCGGCAUCGUAUUAACCACUGAUGUUGGUACACUGUUUAACACAGCAUUGAUUGUUCUCUUCGAUAUCUAG